AUAAAUACAAGCCGAUUUUCCCGUUAAUGAUAAUGUGAGCUCAUACACGUCCGUAAUCUGAUAUGAAACCUCUCCGUUACCUUCAUUUAUCAUUUGUGUUGAAAAUAAAUGGCAAAGCUAUACAGGAAUUAUUUGGCUCUGCUUGAUAAGUGGCCGAUCGACACUACUAAACAGUCUCGAGAUCUUGGGCAAUUUAUUCGAGACCGAUUAAAAGAAAGUUUCAAGGCUGGUGACCUACUAAAAAAAGAAGACGAGGAAAAAUGUACAACUACAUAUAAAUGCCUAAACCGGAUUGCUGAUAAUUAUUACUGCCGACUUUAUGAGAGGAGUUACAUCUCAUCAGCUACAGGCUUGACUGAGGAACAGUGCAAAAUUAUUAUUUCAGAUGACUUUUUGGAACUUUUAAAUUCUAAAGAACGAAGUUUUAUUUCUAAAGUGUUUAACCGCAAAUCAUAAUGAUAUUUAGGAAUAUGGUGAAAUUGUUUCAUCGUGUAGAUAAUACUUUAAUGAAAACCAUUUCUCAAAGUUUGCAUACUCCUGUUUUAAAGGAUGAAGUUAAUUAUUAUUUAAAUCCUGGUAGCAACAAAAUUAUAUUAGAUAUGACUUUUGGUGCAGGAGGUCAUAGUAGAAAUUUAUUACAUUCUUCAGAAGAUUUGAAACUAAUUUGCCUUGACAGAGACCCAGAAUCAUAUAAGUACGCUACCGAGUUAUCAGAAUUGUACCCAAACAGGGUAAUCCCAUGCAUUGGUAGAUUUAGUGAAGUCCCUGACAUUUUAGAAAAAUUAGGUAUUCGUUUUAAUUCGAUUGAUGGGAUACUAUUUGAUUUUGGAUGUUCUUCUAUGCAGAUGGAUUCGGACGUAAGAGGGUUUUCUAUAAGUCGUGAUGCCAAAUUGGACAUGAGGAUGGAUGGAGAGAGGUUUCCAGAUAACCCUACUGCUGCAGAAGUUAUAAAGUAUGCUGAUGAGGAAGAUUUAGUCAAGAUUUUUAAGAUAUAUGGUGAAGAAAAGUUAGCGAAAAAGAUUGCCAGAGGAAUUAUUGAGGCGAGGUAUAUGUUUACUCCUGUUUCAACUACGUUUGAAUUAGCAUCCCUUGUUGCGAAUAUUUGUGACAAUAAAUAUAAAAAAGAUAAAUUACAAAGACCGACACAUGUCUCUACAAAAAUAUUCCAGGCUUUAAGAAUUUUCGUUAACAACGAACUCAACGAAAUCAAUUAUGGCCUUGCUGUAGCGCACAAAUUUUUAAAAAUUGGAGGAAGGCUUGUGACCAUUUCGUUUCAUUCUUUAGAAGAUAAAAUUGUAAAACAGCACAUGAUUGGUCCAGAAACGUCAAAUAACUUAUUGAGACACAAAAGCCACAUUUCAGUAUCUAGUGAAGAGGAAAUGUCUAAAAUUACAAAUAAUAAAUGGGUUAUGCUCAAUAAGCAUGUAGUCACACCGACUGAGACAGAAGUUCAGACAAAUCCAAGGAGUAGAUCAGCUAAACUUAGAGCUGCUGUGAAAAUAAAUUAAAUUUAAUAGUGAAUAACUAAUUUUCUUAGAUCUCUAGUGGAUGAACCUUUAAAAGAAAAAUAGAAGGGCGUUUUAAAUGUUUAAAGAUUCAGAUAAAAUUAUGUUCAUAAAAAAUCUUUAAU